CGAGAACGUCCCCAUCUUUCACGCCUCAUCAAGUACAGCAACGACAUCACGGACUGUUCUUUGUCUAGUCUGAUGGGUCUUGGUGUCCUUUUGGGUCUCGGAGAGACGACGAUCUGCGAUCAUGUAUACGACUGCAGUAUCCGGCAAAACCGUUUGUGGAACAACUACAAUCGCAUCUUGGUUUGCGGUCUUACAUUGACUAGUUGCGUCCGGACAUCAGUACAGCGCCUUAGCCGAGAACUAGGAGAGGAAUCGAAUACGUUGCUCAUUCUUGCCAAGGAUGCAGUCGCAGCGCGUCAACCUGUGAAUGAUGCGGGUGAAGCGCUGUUGCGUGAAGUUUGGCAGGAGCUCGAGGAGUUAGAAAAUGUAGUCGGGGUGGAGCGGUGGACAGACAUUUUGAAUCUGAAGAUCAGGAACAUCAACGGAACGGUUUCUGGUCGUAAUUGUUCACCUGUUCUUGUUCAACAUCCGAACACCAAAUGCAC